AUGGAAGAGAAACCCGAAAAACCUUACGAGUGUACGGUCUGCAAUAAAAAGUUUCCGAAGACAUCCGAUCUGGAAAGACAUCUACUAACACACACCGGAGAGAAACCCUUCGAGUGCCCAGUGUGCCAAAAGAAGUUUACUCAAAAGGGAAAUAUGCAGAAGCAUCUCCAGCUUCAUUCGGGAGAAAAACCUUACGAGUGCACGGUGUGUAAUAAAAGGUUUUCAGAAAGUGUUCAUCUGAAAUCACAUCUCAGGACUCACACGGGAGAAAAGCCGUUUCAGUGCCCGCUGUGUGUCAAGAAAUUUUCACACUCUCACCAAUUGAGUUCUCAUCUCAGGACCCACACGAAGGAAAGACCUUUCGAGUGCACUGAGUGCCUCAAGAAAUGUUCUUCAAGUUCCUCUUUGCGAGAACAUCUUAGAGUCCACACAAGAGCGAAACCGUAUGAAUGCUCUUUGUGCAAGAAGAAGUUUGGAUACCAUAUCAGUCUCAGUUAUCAUAUGAAAACGCACACGGGAGAGAAGCCUUAUGAGUGCGCCGUGUGCAGCAAGACAUUCGCGUACAGCAAUGGACUGCGCGCGCAUCUUAGAAUGCACUCUGGAGACAAGCCUCAUGAGUGUACAGUGUGCCACAAACAUUUCGUUGACACUGGUGAUUUGCGGAAACAUUUCCGAAUUCACACGGGGGAGAAGCCUUUUGAGUGUACUGUGUGUCACAAGAAAUAUUCCAGCAGUAGUAACUUGAAGACGCAUCUUCGAACUCACACUGGAGAAAAGCCUUUUGAGUGUACCGUAUGUCACAAGAAAUUUGCUCAAGGUUCAAAUCUGCGUUCACACUUAAGAAUUCACUCGGGAGAAAAGCCUUUUGAGUGCACUGUAUGCAACAAGAGAUUUUCGCAGCCGACAAGUCUAAAGGUGCAUCUCAACAUUCACACUGGAGACAAACCUUAUGAGUGUUCAGUGUGCCACAAACAUUUUUCAAACCCUAGUUCUUUGCGGGGACAUUGUCGAAUUCACACGGGAGAGAAGCCUUUCGAUUGCACUGUGUGUCACAAGAAAUUUUCGACUAGUAGAGUCUUGAAGACACAUCUUCGAACUCACACGGGAGAAAAGCCUUUUUAG